UCAUUCAACAGUUUUUUACAAUUGCGGCUUGUGGAUUAACAUUAAUAAAGCUUUGUCAAUCAAACAAAUAAAAAAAAGAUUUGUACAAUAUCGUGAAAGAUAGAGCACUUCAAACUGAUUCACUGAUGAAAACCCUGUAAUAAAACAGAAUAAGUGUAAUAGUAGUGAAGUGAAAUUAAAAAUAAACCCAAUAUUCUACUAUAUUAACAUACUGCAUCUAUAAGAGUAUGACCUAAUGAAGGGUAUAGGAUGUAUGUAUUGUUUAUUGGUGACUGUGGGGGUCAUCCUCCAAGAGUCAUUUCCCACUUUUAUUUUAUACUCAUGGCCUCCAUUUGUGUUUUUUUCUGCCAGGUGUUCUCAAACUUUUCCUGCCUGAAAUCCAGAAGAUACAGACAGUACCCUCCUGAGACCCAAACUUCAUAAUAAAGAUAACAUCAUGAACUUCCACCAUGUGUGCGUUAGUGAACUACAGGUAUCACAUGAGAAUCUCUUGAACAAAAAACUCAGUGGAAACCACGGGGCUGUGAUGUCACGGAAGGUCCCUCGGCGGUUUCUUACAAAUAGACGAAGAGAUGAGGAAAUGUGACAGAGUGGAAGCGCUGUGUUUGUUAGUGAGCGACAGAGAUGGAACUGAAGCUGCAGCUGAGCGUUUUGAUGUGUCUCGUUCAGGCUUCACUGGCAGAGUGGCAGCAUGUGACUGUGAUGAAAGGCCAUACGCUGUACCUGACCUGCCCUCUUAAAGGCCCCCUCCAGGACCCCGUGGAAUGGAAGAACCCUGAUGGUAAUGUUAUGUUCUUCAACACAGUUCAAGGUGUGGGGGACAAGCGCUACAGCAUCAUCAAACUGUCUGAGUCUGAAUUCACCAUCAGUGUUUCCAGUGUUACCUUCACAGACGGAGGCGACUACAUAUGCACCCAUUACCAUCCUCAAGCAGCACAAAAAGUAGUGCAGGUGACAGUGUUGGAUCACCCCAAGAUGGAAGUUGCAAAGCAUGGUGGGAAGUUCAUAGUAAAAUGCACUGCUGAGGCAAACCACCACGCUCCACAGUUGUCCUGGAUGCUGCAAAAUGGGCCGGAGUUUCACGGUCACGCCCAAGUCACACGUGGAGAUAAAACAUAUGUGUCCACAGAGGUGUUAUAUGUGCACUCGGUUAAAACCAGAGUCACCCUAAAAUGCAUUGCUCGCCAUCAAGCUCUACAUUCAAAACCUCUGAUGAACUUUGUCAGAAUUGGGGAAAAAACACUGGUGCCCCACCUCAUAACCACAACCAGCUCGCCCACAGCUCCGACUCAAGGGUCAACGGAGGUGACGAUAAUGAUGACACACGGCAAGACCACACUGCAAAUCACAACUGUAGGCGUGAAUGGGCACACAACUGAAACACCAUCAGCUAGAUCUCCUUCUGGCACUGCUGCACAUGUCAGCACAGCUGACUCAAGUACAUCUGUGUCACCAGUCUCAACCAGCACCUGGAAUCACACCGACAACAAUGAAACCAGCACAGCAGGCUGGACAUCUGUUUCCAUGACAACACAGGAGAUCAUCUCACUUAACAGCACAGAGGGAAACAAUACAGAGAUCCGCAAUUACCAGGAUGGCGAAAGUAAAGGAAAUUCAUCACUAUUGGUUUUCCUUGUGACAUGCCUCAUCGUCGGCCUUUUGGUGGUUGUCAUUUUUAUUGGGAUCAAGCUUAGAAGAGCACACAUUGCAUGGAAGAAAGUUUUUAUUGUUACAGAGAACGAUGACUCAGAUCCGUCAGAGGUGAGCAAUAAAUCGAAGUCAAGCCAGGAAGAGAGAAACGCCCAGGCUCAACGGAGACGAGGGAUCUUCAACACAGCGUUCACACAAUAUGUCGUUGAGGAACCAACAGUGAUAACUUCAGUGACAAACACAGCUGCGAUGACAACAACAGAGGUUGUAAAUACUGAACAGCCCUCUCAACCCCCAAGGCCAGCACAAAGUGUAGACAAAUCUAUCGUAAAGGAAACAGAACUGUAACUACAACUGCUGGUUUUAAUGUUAUAAAAAAGACUGUUUACAUGUAAAGGUGUGGAAACUGUAGUACUGUUUUAUUCUGUAAAUACUGUAUAAAGUGAAUGUUCAAUAGAGAUAUAAUAAAUUACAUU